AUGGAUAUUGCUCUAGACCCAAUCAGUGCACUUGUUAUGAAGGAUAUACUGGUCAAAGAUGUAACAUUCGUGAGUUUUUCUCUGUGCCCAGCUGGGUGUGGACAUGGUUACUGCUCAAGUCCUAAUCGCUGUACUUGUUAUGGGGGAUAUACGGGUCAAAAAUGCAACAUUCCUGUCUGUGAACCUCGCUGUCAGAAUAAUGGAAGAUGUGUUGGUCCUAAUUCAUGUCAGUGUAACGGAUACUCAGGAGUUAGAUGCGAUCAACCUAUAUGUGAUCCACCUUGUAUGAACGGUGGAACGUGCACGAGGUCACGGUCAUGUUCCUGCAUCUCGUCCUACACAGGGUCUCACUGUUCAAUCCCCGUGUGUAAUCCCAGUUGCAAAAAUGGAGGCACGUGCGUUGCUCCCAACAAGUGUAUGUGUACGGCAACUUACACAGGAGCUACAUGUGAAAUACCCUUAUGUUCAUACCACUUGCCUUGUUUUCCUGGAACAUGCACCGAUUCUAUCCACUGUCAGUGUAAAGAAGGUUUUAGUGGCAAUUCUGGAUUAGACUUAUGUAGAUCAAUGACGUCAUUGGCGAGUCCCACGAUAAGUCAGUGCAGCUCUUUCCUUGCCAACAUAGAGAGAACUGGACAAAAGAGAGAACUCUAUAAGUUUAUGGCUGAUUCCUCUGGAACAAAUUCCACCGGGAUCAGCACGAGGUGGGUGAACCGUAAAGACUACAACUUCAUCAACGUACAGUUCUCUGCAACAUUUCAAAAUCUACAUGGAGUGAAUUCUCCGGGGUAUAUCGACGAUUUUAAGUUUGGGAUUGUGUCGGGAAUGAUCUAGAUGGAUUUAAGCAAAUCGGAUAGGAAUGAUUCAUCAAAGGCAUUUAUAAGCAUAAACAGUACAAUUCUUAAAUGUCCAAAUAAUCCUGGUUCCAUUUCACCAAAUGAGGACGUAUUUUGGUGCAACUUAACAAAUGCAAAUUUUGACCGACUUCUGGAACAUGGGGACAACUUGACUUUAACAGCCAUUGCAACAAAUGGAGGAUAUCGAAAGCUUAAAACACCAGAUGGAGAUCGUGUGAACACAUUUAUCGGACAAAAUGCCAGCAAAAGCACACAAUUUCUAUUCGAUUUAGUGAACCCCAAUCACUGUUUGCUGCAUGGAAAAUGUCAAGCAAUAGCCUUCAACGUCGAAGAAGAUAUAACCAAGCAUGCAAUCCAUUUUUCAUGGAAUGGUUGGGUUGACAAUAUGUCAGGAAUAGAAAAGUACGUGAUUCAGAAGUAUCUACUAGAAGCUGACAAUGAAGUUCCACCAAAACUUUGUGAAAAAGAUCCUUGGAGGCCAUUGGAGACCUUUGAAUUAAAUAGAACAUCCUCAUCAUUCGUGCAUUUACCCGAAAAACCUGGAAUGUACUCCUUCCUGCUAAAUGUCGUUGAUGCCGCAAAUAACACCGAAUAUGCUCGAACUUUGGUUUUAUAUGAUCCAAUCUCUAAAAUAACCGUGCUGAACACAACAUCAACAAGAAUUAAAGUAACGAGUGCAAAAGAAGAAACAGGUUACAUGUGGCAGGAUAAUUUAGAUGGAAUGAUUGAAAUUUCUUGGAAAAAACAUUUUCAAAAUAAAUUUCAUUUUGAGAACAAAUUGCUUAAUCCCGUGAAACCUUAUAAGUACUUUGAAUUCACAACAAAUAUUAAAAAAUAUGUAAAUCCUAGAAUGGAGGAUUUAGAUGGAAAUAGAACACUAAAAGGAAUUCAGAAUAUUUAUGGCAUAACCAAAUUUGAAUAUGCAUAUAAACACGGGAAUCUGGGAAACGCAACACCUGUUUUCUGGACCCAAGUGAAUGAUUCUCUUUCAGAAACUCAAACCUUUUUUGUUUCAAGACAAGACGGCGAUAUCAUUAAUAUAUGGAUAAGAGCAACAGAUGUUAUGGGUAAUACGAAAAUAGGGGUGACGCCUUUGUACUUUGAUUCCUCUCCACCAACGCAACUGACGCAUAAUGAUGUUAUAUUUUCACCAAAUUUAAACUUAACGACAUAUGCAUUCUCAAGUCGUUUACAGAUCGAUGUGAGUGACGUAGAAAGUGGAAUUGCUACAAUUUAUUGGAGAUUGAUUGCAAAAGACAGUGGAAUUGUAUUUAAAUCUGGGAAUAUUACUGGAAACAAAACUCUGAACAAUCCUGGACUUAGAAAUGGAUAUCAAAUUGCUACUGGAGAAUACUUCUACAUAAGUCAUUUCCUAGAUGUAAAUAAUUGUUGGAUGGUUGUGUCAAAAGAAAACUUUCCCACAGAGUCUGUUUUGCUUGAAUUAAUUGUAUCUAACAUGGCAAUGAAAUCCAUUAGUUUUAACACAACGAUAUCGGACCUGAAAUCUCUUGAUGGAAUGGACGAAUAUUCUGGUCCAAUGCAUCUACAUAUAGACAAAACAUAUGAUAAUGGUGUUCGGCUAAAAUGGAUCGUUGCGCCAAGUUGUUACAAACGCUCCAAAAUCGUUGUUCAGUACAAUUCAUCAGAUGGACGAAGUUUCUCAAGAUUCAUUGACAAGGAUGCCGACUGGUUCGACCUAACCGGACUGGAUUCCGAAACAAGUUAUAAUCUAUCAUUUAUCACAGAAUACGAUGACCAACAAAGCGACCCUAUAUAUUUAUCAUUCACCACACUCCAAGCACCGUCUGGAUUGACAGGAGGAGCAAUUGCAGGGAUUUCUAUUGUCAUCAUCCUUCUCCUGGGAGGUGUUAUAACUAUGAUAGUGUUGUGGAGAAUGGGUCGUCUAUCUCUUGUUAGGGAAGGCAUACAGAGGCGAGUUACAGUUGUUAGAAAAAGAAUCAUUAGAACAGAAGAAAUUAGAUCUUGAAAAUAUAAGAAAGGAAAAAUUACAAGGACAUAUUAUAAGAUCAACAAUCGUUUUUCCACGGCACACGAGAACAGAGCAUUUGACGACGAUAUCUAUAUUUAUGGGCAAAUGGAAUUUAAUGCAACGGACAGUUGGAUUUUACCGUCGUCCACAAUAGUACUAGAAUCUCUUAUAACAAGCGGAAGAUUCGCAGAUAUAUAUAAAGCCAUUUACAAAUCCAAGAAAAAUACCGACGAAAGAGGAGUUGUCGUGGCCAAGGUUUUAAAAAGUGGUUAUACGGAAGAAAACGAGCUGAUGAUGAAAGCGAAAAUCAAUUUUUUAGGAAGACAAGUUGGAGAACAUCAAAACAUCCUACUGUUUAUAGGUGCAGUUGUGGACAACAGUUCAUUGGGGCCAUAUAUGAUAUUGGAGUUGUGCGAGAAAGGCCAGCUAAGGGAUUGGUUAUUGCAGCAGAAGAACGCAACCACAGAAGAUACCGUUGAACAACUUUGCCGUAUCAUUUACGGAAUAUCGAAAGGAAUGUGUCAUCUGGAAACAAAGCAGAUUGUCCAUAGAAAACUUGCGGCGAGAAAUGUAUUGUUAACAGAGGAAUUGGAACCAAAGAUCUGUGGAUUUGGCCCCGAACCACCUCAAAAAGAGAAUAAUGAUGAAGAUGGGGAUACAAAAUCUGUUGACAAGGAACGAAUUCCAAUCAAAUGGACAGCACCAGAGUGCUUGACUUCGAUGAAGGCUUCAACAAAUAAAAGUGAUGUUUGGUCUUUUGGCAUCGUUGUUUGGGAGAUUUUCAGCUUAGGUGACAGUCCUUAUCCUGGGAUGCGAAGCCGAGAUAUCAAAGAAGAAUUACAAAACGGCCAUAGAAUGAAAAAACCAGAAUUUGCAACAGAUUUCUAUUACAAGCUGAUGAUGCAAUGCUGGCAAGCAAAACCAAAACAGAGACCAACAUUUAAGGAGAUCAUGAAAGAUAUCGGAGAUACCUUCAGCUCUGUACCAGCAGAUGAGUGCUACUACUACUCCGAGAAAUAGAGGCACAAAAAAAAGAAAAGAAAUAUGAGACAAAUUGUAGUACGCAUAUAUUCGGAUUUUAGAAGCAUAAAUAGAUUUUGAAAGAAUGAAAUGUAUUUACAAAAAAUUAAGAAUCUUGUUUUAUUCUGCAAUAGUUUGCUUUCCCUAUAUGUUUUAUUCCAACAA